AUGGCAUCUACUUCAUCUGCUAAAACAAGCUAUGAUGUUUUUCUUAGUUUUAGAGGUGCUGAUACUCGCGAUAAUUUCACCAGCCAUCUUCAUCAGAAACUGCUUGAUAAAAAUAUCCUAACUUUCAUUGACAAUAGGCUUGAUAGGGGUGAAAAGAUUGAAUCAUCUCUCAUGAAAGUCAUCGAAGGGUCUCUAAUUUCAGUUGUCGUUUUCUCAAAGGGGUAUGCAUCGUCUCCAUGGUGUUUGGAUGAACUGGUCAAGAUUCUUGAAUGUAGAGAGGAACUGGGUCGUAUCGUUUUGCCAAUUUUCUACCAUGUUGAUCCAUCUGAUGUUGAACUGGGGAAAGGGGUUCCCGGAGAUGGAUUCAGGAAGCUUGAAGCAAAGAACAAGAAGAGUAUGGAUAAGUGGAGAAAUGCUUUGAAGGAGGUGACAACUUUAUCUGGUUGGGAUUCAAAGAAUUACAGGCCUGAUUCUGAAUUAAUAGAGGCAGUUGUCAGGGAUAUCAUGAAGAAAAUCUAUUCUACCUCCUAUAGCAUUUCUGCUGAGUUGGUGGGGAUUGACACACAAAUUGAGCAAAUUUUGUCACUAUUCCCUAGUGGGUCAGAUGAUAAACCUUAUUUCGUCGGGCUUUGGGGAAUGGGUGGAAUAGGGAAAACCACAAUUGCAGAAGCUCUUUUUAGUCGUAUAUCUAACCAAUUUGAUGGUAGCUGCUUCCUAAGCAAUGUCAGGGAGGAUUCAUUGAAAUUUGGUCUGAUUCGGCUAAAACAUACUCUUUUAACUGAAUUGUUAGGCGAUGAGAAUUUGAAAAUAACAAUGUUCCAUGUACUUCCUACUUCUGUCUUAGAGAGGCUGAAAAGAAAUAAAGUCAUGAUCGUUCUGGAUGAUGUCAAUGAGUCUGCACAAUUAAGUAGUUUAAUUGGGGAUCUUAAUAGUUGGCUUAGUCCAGGUAGUAGAGUUAUUGUAACAAGCAGAGACAAACAAGUGCUUCAGUUUUGUCAUAAAACUUACAAGGUUAGGCAACUCCAGUAUAGCUAUGCUCUCCGAUUAUUCAAUAUCUAUGCCUUUAAGCAGAACAAUCAAUCAAAGGAUUAUCUUGAAUUGGCAAAAAAAGCGGUCAAGUAUGCUCAAGGUGUUCCAUUAGCACUUAAAUUGUUUGGUUCCCAUCUAUGUGAAAGGUCCCCAGAACAAUGGGAAAUUGUAUUGGAUAAAUUAAAACAUUCUUCUCAUUUUGAAAUUCAGGAAAUUUUAGAAAUUAGCUACAAUGAAUUGGAACAAGAGACAAAAGAUAUAUUUCUUGAUAUUGCAUGCUUCUUUAAAGGAGAGAGUAUAACUCAUGUCAAAUAUAUACUAGAGAAAGGUAGUGGGUUCAGAAAUUUUGAUUGGGGAGUUAUGCGCCUAACAGAUAAAUGUCUAUUGACUGUUGGACAGGAUGAUGUAUUAGAUAUGCAUGAUCUUAUACAAGAAAUGGGUAGAGAAAUUGCUCAACGAGAAGGCAGCAGAUUGAGAAAUUCAAUGGCCAUCUGUCAAAUGUUAACAAAUAAUCUGGGGAACGAAGCAAUUCGAGGCAUAUAUUUGGACUUAUCUGAAAUCAGAAAGGUUUACUUGCACCCUAAAGCUUUCUCAAGAAUGACCAACUUAAAAUUUCUGAAAGUUUGCCGGCACUAUCAGGGUACACGAAAAUUUCUUGAAUCAGGAUUGCUUGAAUUUAAUCAAUCAAAAUAUCUUCAUUGUCUUCCCAACACGCUAAGUUUGCUACAUUGGGAAAACUAUCCUUACAAGUCUUUGCCAUCAAAAUUUUCUAUGGAAAACCUUGUUGAGCUUAAGAUAACGUGGUGCGGUAUCACCCAACUUUGGGAUGGAGAUAAGUGUCCUCAAAAUUUGAAAAGGUUAGAUCUAUCUGGAUGUGUACGGCUACUGAAACUCCCAAAUCUCUCUUCGGCUGAAAACCUGGAGAAGAUAAACAUAUAUAUCUGUGAAAGUUUGACUGAGAUCGACUCUUCUAUAAAGUUCCUUUACAAUCUUAUUCAUCUCUGUCUAUUUGAGUGCACGAAGCUGAAGAGUCUUCCGGAAAUUCCUAAAGGCAUAGAAUGGUUAGAUCUAAACAAUUCUGGGGUGGAAGAGUUGUCCUCAUCUAAUCCAUUUAUGGAUGUCAGUGUAGGCCUCAAUCUCAGCGGCUGUCGGAAUCUUCACAAGUUGCCAGAGAUCGCAGGAAAUAUUCUAAUGUUAGAUAUAAGUCAGACUAAAAUAGAUGAAUUGCCCUCAUCAAUCAUAUCUCCAUCAUCAUCACUUAUUGUGUUGAGAAUGGUGCAAUGUGAAAAUAUCAUAUUUCUCCCAGACAGCAUUUGUGAGUUGGAGUACCUUGAGGAGCUUGAUCUCACUGGCUGCAAAAAUAUAUGUAAAUUGCCUCCUUUGAAAGGUUUGAGCUUCUUAAGAAAGCUAUGUCUAGAUGGAACUGCACUUGUAGAAAUCCCCAAUGACAUUGUCUCUUUAUCAUCACUUAGAGAAUUGACUUUAAACAGCUGCCAUAGACUCCAAGGUUUGCCUAAGCUUCCAGAGCAAUUAAUCCAGCUCCAAGUUCAAAACUGUACAUCUUUGGAAUCUGCGGAAUUAUCUUGGUACAUUCCAUCCACAGAACUGUCUGAAUAUGUUGAAUACUUGGAAAUGGGUUAUGAUAAGUUGGUUAAUUUCAAAUUCUAUUACGGUAAUUGCUAUAAUUUGGAUGAGGAUUCAUGUUCAAGCAUUUUAGCAGAAGCACAGUUCAUUUUAGAAGAAGUAGCCAUUACUUUUAACAAUACAAUGGAGAAGAUUUUUGAUUCUUAUCAAUUUUGUAUAAUUGGGAGUGACAUUCCAGAGUGGUAUGGAUAUAAAAGCCAAGGAUCUUCAAUAGCGAUUGAAUUCCCGCCUGAUUCCUUUAACAUUUCCUUCCUUGGGUUUGCUUUUUCUGCAGUCCUUGAUCAAUUUAAUCUUGGAUUUCAUGAUGGCCCCCUCUCCUUCGAAGUUCAGUGCUGUUUCAAAAAUGUGAUUGAUGUAAAACAGGAUUUGUUUAGCAAUUGUAUGCGUUCUACCGCAGAUCGUGUUUAUUUUGGACCAGAUCACGUGUUCAUCUGGUUUAAUGCUAGUGUUGAUUCUGAUCUAAGCAAUUGGCUCAUAAAAACUGGCAAUAAUGUCAUGAACGAGGCGUCAUUUGAGUUUAGUGCAUUUAAUGAAUGGGGAAAUAACAAGAAAAAGUUGAAGGUGAAAAAGUGCGGGGUGCACCUGAUUUAUGAGACAGAUGAGCCUACAGAAGAUGAACCACCCACAGAAAUAAUGAAAUUGGUGGAUUCUGCUUCACCUCUUACAACCCCUUCAAAUUUUCUUGAAGAAGCAACAGAACUGGACACCAGCCACAAGAGAAGUGAAGAAAACGAAGAAGAGAAACCACAUGCUAAAGGAAUUAACGGUUUCUUUUCUAAGCUUCUUAGUUGCUUCGAGUUCUUCGUUUAAAUUUAGUUGUUCCGUUCCCCAAAUUACCAGUUGUCUUAGUUACUUCAGGAUAGCUAUAGUUUGCCCUUAAAACAGCAUGUUUCAUCAUUUGUAUACUAAAUUCAUCAAUUUGUAUUGUAAAAUUUUGGAUGCAUUGUGCAUUGUAAAAUUUCAUAUUCAUUGUGCAUUGUGAA